UAAAGACUGAAGACGCAUUCCCACGUGUCUCAGAAAAAAUUGAUUUUUCUCUGUGUCAGACUAACUGGCUGCUUCCUUCUCUGCUCGUCAACUAGCUUUUGAAACAAUCUGACCAGUCUUUACUGGUUACUGGAAAUGUUGCCAUUAAUGGUGGAGAACUUUUAAGAUUUUCUGAACCAGUGUUCCAAGCUAAACAGAAGUUUUCAAGAUGUUAUUGCUUUUAGAUGAUGAAAAUAAGAGAUUUUUUGGAUCAUUUGGUAUGCAGUAGAUCAUUACUUGUUCAAUGCCAGAAAGACUGAUGUACAAAACGUGUGACAGACUUCAAACAUAUAACUUGCGUAUUUCUCGUUUAUUCAUUGCUUGGUUGAUUUGUUUCUGCUUAGCUGCAUUGAAAUCCACUUGCAAAGAUGUUCCUGGUAAUUUAUAUGUUGAUAUUUGUAAUAGGACAAAUGACACCUUAGUACAAGAAGUAAUUAUUGGAUUUUCUUCUGAAGUUGUGGAAAAUGAAUAUAUUGUAACUUUUCGAAGAUACUACAAACCUAAAACUAGAGAACGGUUUAUCACUGCAGCCUUAAAGCAAGCUGAUGUAAAGUGGUGGCAUGUCAUUCCUAAGAACAAUCCAGCAAAGCAUUUUCCUAGUGACUUUGAUGUGGUACAGUUAAGUGAAAGUGCACUACAAGAAGGUUUAGAAGCAUUGAAAAAUCAUCCCAGUGUCAAGCAUGUUACACCUCAACGAAUGGUGACAAGAACUCUAAAAUUUACCAAAGUAAAUGACAAAAAUGCCUGGAAAAAUGAGCCUUCUUUACCACCAUGUGACUCCACUAGUUUACCUGACUGUAGGCAUCUCCACAGUUGGCAUUCGUCUCGGCCCUUUGAAAGAAGAACCAGUUUAUCCUUGGGAAAUAACUUAGCAGCUGGCCAUCACACAAGACGCCGAUUGCUUAGAUCUGUACCUCGGCAGAUUACCAGUACACUACAAGCUGAUGUGUUGUGGAGUAUGAAAAUUACUGGCACUGGUGUGAAGGUGGCAGUAUUUGAUACUGGUUUGUCCAAGAGCCAUCCACACUUUAAGAAGAUCAAAGAAAGAACAAACUGGACCAAUGAAAGAACACUGGAUGAUGGGCUUGGCCAUGGCACCUUUGUGGCAGGAGUGAUUACUAGCAACAAAGAAUGUUUAGGAUUUGCACCAGAUGCAGAGCUACACAUAUACAGGGUAUUUACAAACAAUCAGGUUUCCUACACAUCUUGGUUUCUGGAUGCUUUUAAUUAUGCCAUUUUGAAGAAAAUCAAUGUUUUAAAUUUGAGUAUUGGAGGACCUGACUUCAUGGAUCACCCUUUUGUUGAUAAGGUGUGGGAGCUAACAGCAAAUAACGUUAUCAUGGUUUCAGCAAUCGGAAAUGACGGGCCUUUGUACGGUACUCUCAACAACCCAGCUGAUCAAAUGGAUGUAAUUGGAGUUGGAGGAAUAAAUUUUGAAGAUCAAAUUGCAAGAUUUUCUUCAAGAGGAAUGACUACUUGGGAACUUCCUGGAGGCUAUGGUCGUGUGAAACCUGAUAUUGUAACUUAUGGUUCUUCUGUUCGAGGAUCAAGUAUCAAGGGUGGAUGUCGUUCUCUCUCGGGCACUAGUGUAGCUUCACCUGUUGUAGCUGGAGCUGUGACUUUACUAAUGAGUGGAGUGCUGCACAUGGGCAGUGCUAUUAACCCAGCAAGCAUGAAACAAGCACUUACUGCUUCUGCAAGACGCUUGCCCAACACUCCAAUAUUUGAACAGGGAUGGGGAAAAUUGGACUUGUUACGAGCUUACCAGGCACUUAGAAGUUACAGGCCUCAGGCCACUCUUAGCCCAAGUUACCUCGACUUGACGGAAUGCCCUUACAUGUGGCCGUACUGUACCCAAGCUCUAUACCAUGGUGCACUACCCACUAUUGUUAAUGUUACCAUAUUGAAUGGAAUGGGUGUUUCAGGAAGAAUUGUUGAAAAGCCAAUAUGGCAUCCUUACACACCCCAGUAUGGACACCACCUAGAGCUGGCCUUCUCAUACCCUGAAGUUUUAUGGCCUUGGUCAGGAUAUCUAGCUCUCCACCUGUCAGUAGCAAAGACAGCUUAUUCAUGGGAAGGAAUAGCCCAAGGCCAUGUUUCACUCAUCGUAGAAUCCCCCCCAGAGGAUGGAGAGACAGAAGUAAGAGUGUCGUCACUAAAGUUGCCUAUCAAAGUGAAAAUAAUACCAACUCCCCCUCGUAGUAAACGAGUCUUGUGGGAUCAGUAUCACAACCUUCGCUAUCCCCCGGGCUACUUUCCUCGAGACAAUCUACGAAUGAAGAAUGACCCCUUAGAUUGGAAUGGGGACCAUAUUCACACUAACUUUAAAGACAUGUAUCAACAGCUUAGGAAUUCAGGUUAUUAUGUGGAAGUGCUAGGAUCACCCCUCACAUGUUUUGAUGCUUCUCAAUAUGGAGCACUUUUGCUUGUUGAUAGUGAAGAAGAGUACUUUCCUGAAGAAAUAGCCAAGUUGAAAAGAGAUGUUGAUGCAGGGCUAUCGUUGAUUGUAUUUGCAGACUGGUACAAUGUAUCAGUAAUGCGAAAGGUUAAAUUUUAUGAUGAAAAUACAAGACAGUGGUGGAUGCCUGAUACUGGUGGAGCCAAUGUUCCUGCCUUGAAUGAUCUCCUUUCACCAUGGGGAAUCUCUCUGAGUGACAAAGUGUAUGAGGGAGAUUUCACUUUAGGAGACCAUGAAAUGUACUAUGCAUCUGGUACAAGUAUUUCAAGAUUUCCAACUGAAGGAAGAAUAAUCACUAGGACAUUGAACAACCAAGGAUUUGAAGUGAUCUCUGGUCAGACUCAACAAGUGGAAGAAAUACCAAUACUGGGUUUAUAUCAAACAGGUUCAGAUAAGCUUGCAGGUCGGGUGGUUGUGUAUGGAGAUUCCAACUGCUUAGACAGUGCUCAUAUACAGAAAGAUUGUUUUUGGUUGCUAGAGGCUGUUUUACAGUAUGCUUCAACAGGAAACUUGGCUUCAGUUUUUGAAACGCUAAAACCAUUUUCAGUUCCACCAGCCUUUGAUUUACCUCAACGUAUGGAAGGAAAUCACCUUUAUCGUUACUCCAAAGUUUUGGAACACCACUUGGGCACCCCUCAAACCCGACCACUUCCACCUUGCCUACAUUUAUCAUGGACAACACCUUUUCCUUUAAAUAAAUCUGCUCCAAGCAACUUGUACAGAGCUCAGAAACUUCUCUCAGUUGGUCUGGAUGUUCCCUUGCCCUUCAGACAGAAUGGGUUACCACAUUCAUUGUCCAAGCUUCCCUGGGAAACUCAACAGACUGUGAGCAUCCAUCCCUCCGACCUUCGUUCUAACACUUUGUCUUUAUUUGGUGUCUUCUUAAUUUUGGUGGUGGGAAUAGUUCUUCUCAGUCAGUGGCUCCGUUUAGGCAAACAGCCUCGCAAGAGACGUCAUCGUCUCCGCAGAAUUCCUUAUGCUCCUCCUCCCUCUGUUGGAAGAAUGUCUGGAGUUUGAUUGUUUAAGAGUUAAAAGGAAUAUUUGAAAGAA